AUGGAUGUCGACAACGAACAUUCGGACGCUGGUAGUCAACGGCAACCCAGUGCUGAACACACGCCGCAAGGAGCUUCUGCGCAGGUUGGAGGAGCUUCCUCACAAGGGAAUCCUACCCCAACCUCAGCUCAGUCCUCCAAUACGCCCUCGACUGCAUCAGGUCCUGCAACAGCCAACGUCACCCAUACACAAAACUCGAAACGUCGCCGAGGGCUGGGUGUUGUGACGCCUAAUGCCUGCACGGAAUGCCGCAAGAAGCGCGCAAAGUGCGAUGGCAAAAAACCGUGCGGACGAUGUAGAGCACAGAAAGAUACCGAAUGUGUGUACGAGAUUCCCGUGCGCCAGUCGAAGGAGAACCUCCGAAACGAAAUCGAGACUCUUCGACAGAAGCAACGUUCAAGUGACCAAGUCUUUGCUGCUCUUGUCCGACCAGAACUAUGGGAAGAGGUCUUGACCCGCCUUCGGGGCGGCCAACCCAUCGAAACCAUUUCAGAAUGGCUCGCAAGCGCACCGGAGCGUUCAAUACCUUCGUUUCCUUCCCGUUCUGAGGGACCUACCAUGGGACCUAACCCGGGGUUCCCGGGAGGUUCGCUGGGUACAUUGGCAGCCAUGAGCCUGGGUGCGAACCAUCAACCAUCGCAGCAGUCUUCCAUGAGGCCCGAGAUGGGUCAGCAUAGUCCCUGGCAAUCUUCCUUCAGCCAAACCGGAUCAACGAGGAGCAACUCACAUCCCGAUGUCAUGAACUGGCAGACAGAUAUGCGAGGGCCGCCACAAAAUCGAGUUGGGUCUUGGGCCGAGGGGAUGAACCCUGAUCAAAUAUCGGACGGUCUUCCACGAUAUCGUGGAGUUGAACAGAUCCUGUCACCGUUGAAUGAACCGGAGCUGCAAACACUGUCUUCAACUUGGACCGUGAUCACCGGCGAUAGCGUUCUUGUUCAACAUCUUCUGGCAUUGUAUUUCUGCUGGGAGUAUCCAACAUUUGCUUCUCUGAGUAAAGAACACUUUCUACAGGAUUUCCAAGAGGGACGGAAUCGAUAUUGCUCACCGAUACUGGUGAAUGCCCUUCUUGCACUGGGGUGCCGCUUUUCGACGCAGCCCAUGUCUCGAGCCAACCCCAACGACCCUUAUACGUCUGGCGACCACUUCUUCAAGGAGUCACUGAGGCUCUUUGCCCAGGAAACGGAUCACCAUUCCCUUACAACUAUCCAAGCUUUGGGGAUAAUGUCGAUCCGAGAGGCUAGUUGCGGGCGAGAUUCGGAGAGCUGGUAUUACGCCGGGCAGAGUAUUCGACUCGCCAUUGAGAUGGGGCUUCACCGGAUAAUGGACGAAGGAGAUGAAGAUGAACUCGCUGUGCAGUCAGCAACCUUUUGGGGUGCUUUUGCGCUUGACCAUGCAUGGUCCCUCGCCACAGGCUCAUUACCGCAAUGCUCAUGCUUUCCUCACCUGCCACCAAAGCCUGCGAUAAUAGGAGACAUCGAAGCGUCUCUUUGGGUGCCCUAUACGGACGACGCGAGAGAACUUUUGAACAUGUACACACAGUACCUCAAUUGCUGUGCUGUUCGCUCAGUUUCGCCUCGCGAUGUGUGCUCACAAGCGGCCGACGCCAUUCAAGGCCUUCUAAGAUCUUACUCUUCACUCUACACUUUGCGGCGAACGCCCUCGUUCGUACCAUAUUUUGUUCUCACAUCCGCCAUCAUGCACCUAGCGAUUGGUGCAACAACUGUCGGCGGCUCGGGUGCGACCGAGGCGGACAUGGAGAAAGCGGUCAAGGUGGAUCCUCGUGUGGCCGAAUCCAUCACUCAAGGCAUUUCAGACCUCACUGAGAUGGCUCCUUGCCACCAAUUCGCUGAGCAGGCUCUCAACAUACUACGCUAUUUGGCCGCAAAGUGGGACAUUGAUGUCGAGAACAAGGUUGAUAAGCUCACAGCGGAAGAGUACGACCGUUUGGUGUUGCCGCAUACGGGGAGUCUCAACUUCUUCUCGCCCAACCUUAGAGAGGGAGACAUUACGUGCCAAUGGGGUGCGGGACCAUUCCUGGGAGAGCAAUCACCUUCUGUGCAGAAGACAGGAGACAAUAUGGAAAACCCCCUCUUCUGGCCUUUCCCGAUGCAAGGACGGCCGAUUCUUCCCGAUGGCGUCGAGUUGGAACAUGCAGGUUUUGCGAUCAUAUAG